AUGACAGAGGCACGGGAAGCAUGCACCCAAGGCAAAGAUGAACAAAUCAAGGAGGACGCUGCAGCUACAGGUACGGAAGAGGAACCAAAUAAUAGGACAGGGAGAAAGCGGAGGAGGAUGCAGAUGCAGAUGUCGAGUCGAGUCGAGAUUGAAAUCAACAGAGACAAAGUCGGCUCAGCCGGUCAUGUGGUUGGUCUAAAUACCGCAGGCAGCACGAGGACACGGCGGACAAGCAAUUAG